CGAAAACUCCAUAAAAGAAAUUAUUAAGACAACAAUGAGAUUUUGUUCAAUGUAUUGAAUAAAUAUAUUAAAAAAAAAAAAAAAGAGAAAAAAGAAUAAGGAUGCUACGAAGAGCUGCGAGCAAUGCGUACUCAUGGUGGUGGGCAAGCCACGUUCGAACUAAACAAUCCAAAUGGCUCGAAGAAAACCUCCAAGAUAUCGAGGGAAAGGUGCAAUACGCACUUAAGCUUUUGGAAGAUGAAGGUGAUUCUUUUGCUAAGCGUGCAGAAAUGUAUUACAAGAGUAGACCUGAAUUGAUAAGUUUUGUGGAAGAAUCUUUCAAGGCUUACCGUGCUUUAGCUGAACGCUAUGAUCAUAUCUCCAAGGAGCUUCAAAACGCUAACACCACAAUUGCAUCUGUUUUUCCUGACCAAGUCCCUGAGUUUGCCAUGAACGAAGACGACGACGACGAUGCUCCUACCACACCUAGAAAACAUAAAACGCAUGCAUCAAAUCAAAAUGUUCCGAAGGUUCCUAAUUUUCCCAUUAAAGAUCCUGAGGCUGCGAAAAAGUUGUUCAUGUCAAGGAACGCUAUUAAAGAACAAAACGCGUCGUCGUCCGUUGUUAACAAGUCCGGGAUGAGUAAAGCCGAGGCGGUGGAAGAGAUUGAUAAGUUGCAGAAAGAGAUUCUUGUUUUGCAGACUGAGAAAGAGUUUGUGAAGAGCUCUUAUGAGAAUGCACUUGCAAAGUAUUGGGAGAUUGAGAAAUGUAUCACAGAGAAACAAGGGAAGGUGUGUACUUUGCAAGACGAGUUUGACGAAGGUGCUGUUGUCAUAGAAGAUAAAGAAGCUCAGAUAUUAAUGUCCACCGCAGCUCUCAAAUCAUGCCAAGAGAAACUAGAAGAGAUGAAAGAUCAACAGGAAAAGAAUGUGAAAGAAUCUGAGAUUACAAGAGAACAGAUCAAAGAGUCAACAGAGGAAGUUAGUAAUCUUUCUGAUGCAUUGCCUGGUGAUGGAAAAACAAACCAAGAAAUAGACAGUGAUAAGGAGAAGUUGGAAUCAUUAGAAGAAAAUGUAAAUGAACAAUUUGAUGACUUUGAGGCUAAGUCGUGUCUUACCAUAACAGACGUGGCUGAUAAGAUUGAUGAGCUUGUGAAUGAUGUGAUCAAUUUGGAGAGCUUGUUCUCAUCUCAAGCAGCUUUAAUACACAGACUAAGAGAAGAGAUUGAUGAUCUCAAAGCACAAAUCAGAGCUCUACAAAAAGAAAACAAUUCAUCUCAAACUGAUGACAAUAUGAGUAAGAAGUUGAAAGAGAUGGAGGAAAAACUGAAGGGUAUUAAGGAUAUAGACCAAGAAGUUGAGGAAAAGAAUAAGAAGAUUGAAAUACACCUUACACAAGCACAUUUAAAACUAAUUUUCUUAUCCAAGAGAGUAAAAAGCUUGAAGCAAGAAGGGGAAGAAGACAAUGUUACUACUACUAAUGUGCCAAUACAAGAAGAUGCAGAAUAUUUGACUGAUACAAAGUUGCCAGAAGAAAACAUUGAUGAUUCAGUUGUGUCUGAAAAUGUGUCAAACAUUAAUUCAGGAUCUGAAGUGGUCGAUACUGAAAAAGAUCUCACUGAUGAAGAAGUUAACCAAGAAGAGACAAUUGAAGCUACAGGAAAGGAAGCGUCAUUAGAUGAUUUAGAGAAACAUGUCUCUGUCACAACAUCACCAAAGCCAGAUAUUAUAACAACACAAGGGUCUGAUGAGGCAGUUUUGCAGCAGUUGCUAGCACAUGGGAUAGAAGGCAGAGAGAAACAUUUGUUAACCGAAUACACAAAAGUACUUCGGAAAUAUAAGGAAGUAAAGAAGAUGUUAGAUGCUGCUGAAACUAAACUGAAGAGCGUAAACACAGUGAAGGAUGAACAAGUCAGAGCCAAGGAUCAACAAGGGGACAAAUUGUUCAUGCUAAUUUACAGAGAAGAUUAUGCCACAAAUGCAAUAACUGGUCAAAAGCAGAGGCUAUCACCAAAUGAAGAGCAAUUUGGAGCACGCGUUGAUGCAUUACUAAGCGAGAAUCUAAACUUGUUGGUGAGGUUUAGCAACUCCUUUGGCCAGAUACAACAGUUUGAUACAGGGAUCAAGGACUUACACGUUGAGAUAUUGAAGAUCAUAAAACAAAAGAAUCAAGAUGGAGGAAGAAACACUCUCAAAUCAAAUGUUCGUCCCAUAUACAAACACCUCAGCGAGAUCCGCACUGAAAUGACUGUUUGGUUAGAGAAGAGUUUGCUUCUAAAAGAAGAAAUUAACAUGAGAGCUUCAACUUUGAGUGACAUACAAAAUGAAAUAACAGAAGCUCUCAAAACAGAUUCUGAAGACUCUGAUAAGAAACUUACAAUCUACCAAGGAGCGAAAUUUGAAGGCGAGGUUUCGAACAUGACAAAGGAAAACGAUAGGAUAGCAGAAGAGUUGCAAACAGGUUUAGAUCAAGUUACAAAACUUAAAAAGGAUGCUGAUACGACCCUGGAGAAACUAAGUGAGGAGCUUUCACUGUCUGAAUCAAAUGCAGAGUCUUCGCAAGAUGGCAAAACUCGCAUUCCUUUGAGGUCAUUUAUAUUUGAUGUGAAACCAAAGAAGCAAAGACUAUCCAUUUUCUCUUGUAUUCAACCUUCAUUGUAUAAGAAGAAGCCUACUUCUGGUUCUUAG